AUGAAUGUUUUUCUAAUUUUUUGCCAGCUCAACUCGGUUCGAAGUUGUCUCGAUGAGAUGAAAGCAGGCGGUUUGGCUCGCAAAGCCUAUCCUGCCCAGGUUCUUGGUCUUAUUCUUUCCGAUGUGAUUGGUGACUCGCUUGAGAUCAUUGCCAGUGGUCCAACUGUGAUCAAUUCCCAAUGGCCUGAAGAUCGAAGAAGAGCAGAGGCCAUCAAUGUACUUCGAAAAUAUAACGUUUUAGAGAAGGUGAGUGUUGGCGAGUUUCGGAGAAGUUUACGCUUGGCCUGA